CAUUUGCCAAAAAAGAAUAAAUAAAAAAAUCAUGGAAUUCCAAAAAGUCUAUCUGGAUGGUUCAUCAUCCAAAGACAAAUGAUUAACACUUUUGUGUUGGCUAUCUAUGAAAUUAUUGAACCCUCCAGCCGGAAAUUCUUCUCCACCAGCCGGAAAUCAAGACAAAACAACCUCAAGCCACUGUCUCUUUGUUCAAUUACUUACGUCACUGUAUGUAACUCUUUUCUUUCCCUUUAUUUUUAUAGUACUGUCUCUCUAUACUUCACUAAAAUCCAACCUAACACCAAAUAUUAUACUUUUUGCCACCUUCUAAACCUUAGUCUUCAUUUCACUUUUCCCUCCAUAUAUUCCGUGUCGUUGCAUACAAACAUCACUUUCACUUUUCCCUUUACAUACAGUUCCAUUCAACUCUGAAAAAAAUACUUAGAAAAUGGCGAUUUUGGAAAGUGAAAAAGAACACAACAAGGUGCAUGAAGAACUUAUUCCAGGUUUACCAAACGAAAUAGCAGAGAUUUGUCUUCUUCAUGUUCCUUACCCAUAUCAACCUUUAGUACGCUCUGUUUCUUCUUCAUGGAACAGAGCAAUAACAAACCCCCCUUCUUUUCUACUCUCCAAGAAAACAAAAACACUUUCGCAUCCACAUCUUUUUGUUUUAGCUGUCAAUACAGUAACCUCCAAAAUCCAAUGGCAAUCUCUAGAUCCUUCUUCUAACCGUUGGUUUAUGCUUCCUUCCAUGCCUCUCGUUUGUCCAACCGCCUUCGCCUCCGCUUCGUUGCCACAUAACGGAAAGAUAUUCUUCAUCGGAGGUAAAUCCAGUUCAACACUCGUUUACCGCACUGCCGUUAACAAAUGGUCGACGGUGCCGGAAAUGAUCACCGGGAAAUCAUUCUCCGCGGCGGAGGAAGUUAAAGGAAAAAUCGUGACCGUUGGUGAGAGCGGGACGGGAAUCUACGACCCGGAAAGUGACACGUGGAAGAGAGGUGCGCAAUUUACGGGGGAGUUAAGGAGGUAUGAGACGGUUGUUAAUGGAGGGAAGAUGUACUUAACGGAAGGGUGGUGGUGGCCUUUUGCGGUUAGGCCGAGAGGUUGGGUAUACGAAUUAGAGAGUGACACGUGGAGUAAGAUGAGAGAAGGAAUGAAAGACGGUUGGACAGGGGUAAGUGUUACGGUGUGUGGGAGGGUGUUAAUGAUACCGGAAGUUGAUUUACCGGUGAAGGUUUACGAUGAAAUGACUGACACGUGGCGGUGUGUGGGUGGUGAGAGGUUACCUAGAAAUGGAAUGAAGAAACCGUUUAUUGCAAAGGGUUUGGAGGAUCAAAUCUAUGUGGUGUGGCAUGGUUUGAAAGUGGUUAUUGGUAAUGUUGUUGUUGUUGAUGAUGAUCAUGUGAAGGUGACGUGGCAGGUUUUGGAGGGACCAGCAGAAGCAUUUGGAGAAUUAUCACCUUCUAGUUGCCAAGUGGUGUAUGCUUGAACAGCGCAGCUACAACAGUAACUGCUGGCCAGGCCAGGGUGGACAUGUUUUUGUUUGUUUGUUGAAUACUAGUAUUUAAUAUUAACAACUCUUUCAAUAGUUCCAACAUGUCUCCCAAUGGUUCAGUUUGGUUUUAGA